CCUGUCUCCAGCGCCGUCAGGAAACAGACCGAGAAUUUUGUCCCUCUUGUUCCUUAUCGCACGAGAACAUUUUCUUGGACGCGGCUCUGGACGGUGGACACGCUGGACGCGGAGCAGGAUCCACGCAGGAGGCACAAUCCGGACACCGUGUUCUUCAUUUGCGGUUUUAACACUAUGGAGCCAGCCUUCGGCGAGGUGAACCAACUCGGCGGUGUUUUCGUCAACGGCAGGCCGCUCCCCAACGCCAUCCGGCUCCGGAUAGUGGAGCUGGCCCAGCUCGGGAUUCGACCCUGUGACAUUAGCCGGCAGCUGCGCGUCUCCCACGGCUGUGUCAGCAAGAUCCUGGCCCGCUACAACGAGACGGGCUCCAUCCUCCCGGGGGCCAUCGGAGGCAGCAAGCCGCGGGUCACCACACCCACCGUGGUCAAGCACAUACGGACAUACAAGCAGAGGGACCCGGGGAUUUUUGCCUGGGAGAUCCGGGACAGGCUACUCGCCGACGGGGUUUGCGACAAGUUCAACCUCCCCUCCGUCAGCUCCAUCAGUCGGAUCCUGCGGAACAAGAUCGGGAAUCUGUCCCAGCAGAGUCAGUACGAGUCCGGCAAGCAGGGGCCUCAUCCCCCGCCACAACCAACGUUACCCUACAACCACUUAUACUCAUACCCGACUUCCAAAGUGCCCACUCCCCCUGGCAUGCCCACCCUCCCCGGACACAUGGCCAUGCACAGGAUAUGGCCCUCGUCGCACUCUGUGACAGAUAUUCUGGGGAUACGGUCUAUUACAGAGCAACAAAACGCCGAGUGGAUCGCCCACAGCGAACAGCUAUGUCACAGCGCCCAGCAUCCCUCCCUACCACCCUCCCACCCGAGUGUCACCCUGCACGGGGUGCAGCGCCACCACGUCGGCCUGUGUGACCGGAGCCACAUGGCAGCCGGCCAGUGGCAGUGCGCUAUCUCCCCACAGCUGUGACAUCGCCACACCUCUGGCCUUCAAGAGCACGACAGCCAGCCGUGACGCCAUCCCACCCGGUCACCGCCUCGGCGCUGUGAAGUCGGCUGACUGAUGGGGGAGAGGGAGAAAGGGGGGAGGGGGUGGUGUGUGAGAUAUGGCGAGGACAGUGAAGACAUCAAGUCUGUCUAGUGUGGCUACAUUUCAAUCUCACUGCCUCCCUUUGUACGAGGGCCUCGGGGGCCCAGGACCCAUAUUUGCGCCGCCCUCCUCCUCCUCCUCCUCACCUCCUCCACCUCCUGAUCCUCGUCCCUGCUUCACACAGUCAGACCAAAGACAGAGGGAAUACACAUUCUGUCCAUUUUACAGUGUGUGAAAGAACUUGCAGGGCAGGUGUAGUGAAGGACUGAUGUAUGACUGCUUCUCCUCCAUCCAUCAACACAACUCCUCUCAGAUUCUUUACUGCGUUCUUCUGCUGCGAAUGUCUUUGGGCCAAAGGGGGUAAUGUAUAACUUCAAGAAAAAGCAAAUCAAAGAAG